AUGGGAAUGGACGACUACACAAAAGUGAAAAAAUCGGCGAAGGGUACGUAUGGCGUCGUUUACCAGGCCAAGAACAAGAAGAGCGGACAUAUCGUGGCCCUCAAGAAGAUUCGGCUCGAGAACGAGGACGACGGUGUUCCGUACACCGCCAUCUGCGAGAUCGCACUUCUCAGGGAACUCAAACACCAAAAUAUUGCCAGCUUGCAAGACAUCCUCAUACAAGAAAGCAAGCUCUACUUGGUGUUCGAGUUCCUCUCCAUGGACCUGAGAAAGUUCCUGGAUACCAUUCCCAAGGGCCAGAAUGUAGAAAAGAAGUUGCUGAAGAGAACUGGGAAACGCUUGGUCACGAGCCAGAAGUUACCGCCCCACAAGCGUAAACGCCGUCUCUUUGUUCGCUACAACCGCAAAGCCGCACAUGACACAACGUAA